GGAGAGGGAGGGAUUGCCCCCAUAACGCUCAACAUGAACGCUCCGCGGCAAAAGGAUGUGUGAGCAAGCAGCGCGCUACUGCAGGGACRGUGUCCACAAACUGCUMCAAAAAGAACAACCGAAACUCCGGGMUCAGGACAGCAAAGAGCAACCAAAACUCGUGGCCGAGGAAAGCGAGUCAGCGACGGCUGCACAGUCUGGAAACAGCGGCGCCCAGCCCGGUGGAAUUGACGGGCUCGUCCGCUGGAUAGUCACCAAGAUGAGCGACAACAAAAGCAUCUCUACCCGGGAAUACGCGAAGGAGGAGGCAGCGGUUGCCCAAGAGCAGUUCUUCGCACCAGAGCCACGGAAAGGCAUCUCUGUAAUAUUGGAUAUUUUCCGGAGAGCUGAUAAGGAUGAUGAUGGGAAGCUAUCUCUGGACGAGUUCCAGGCGUUCUUCUCCGACGGGACGCUGAACGAGGAAGAACUGGAGAAGCUGUUUCACACAAUUGACUCUGAUAACACCAGUAAUGUUGACACUAAGGAACUCUGUGACUACUUUGCCAAACACAUGGGUGACUAUGAGGGUGUACUGGCCUCCCUGGAGACUCUCAACCUGUCCAUCCUCAGAGCCAUGGACUUCACCAAGAAGGUGUACGAACGAGGGACCAACGUGGAGCAAUUUGUUACCCGCUUCCUGUUGAAGGAGUCAGCCAAUCAGAUUCAUUCUCUGCUGAACUCGGUGGAGAGUGCUGUGGACGUUAUUGACGAGCAGCACUGUAGUCAGUCAGGGUACCCUAUUAAGGUCAGUCAACAGGUUCCAGAGAAAUGUUAUGAGAACCCAGUGCCUGACUACCCUCCUAACAACAGAAUCAGUGCUGCUAAGGAUGCUGCCCCAAGGAUCAUCAACACUGCUACAGGGGUGGUGGAGGUAAGGAAAGAGACGCUGGAGGCACAGAUCAACCGACUAGCUGAGCUGAUUGGACGCCUUGAGAACAAGACAGUUUGGUUUGACCUGCAUCAGAGGCUAACAGACACUGAUGGCACAGCCAGCGCAUCCCUGUACCUGAUUCGUCAGGAGAUGACGGUAUCCCAGAAGCAGCUGGGAGAAUUCUGUGAGGCCCUGAAGCAGUACCUGAAGAAUGUCUCUGCUGAAAGAGACUGCUUCCAUGUGACUGCAGUGCGGCUGCCAGAUGGGCUCUCCUUCGUGGUGUAUGAGUUCUGGGAUGGAGAGGAGGAGUGGAAAAAGCACCUCCAGGCUGCAUCCUUCAAGGCCUUUCAACAUGUUAAAGUUGACACUCUGUGCCAGCCUGAGGCUGUGUCCACUGUUGCUGUGCCAGCCGCCUGGUGCAGCCUGAGCAGAGACUGAUGGGGGUGGGGACGCAUCGCCUAAGUCCACAACACCCCCAUCCUUAGCUCCCACAUACCCCCUUUACCUCACUCUCACCCCCACAAUCCCUCUUUCUCUCUUUUGUAAGUACAUGUUUACACAGUGUCUGUUUGAUAUUGAGACAAAAUGGAAGGCAUCAAUUGCAGUGAAUAUUAAACAGUGCAUUAAAGCGAGAUUACCGCCAUCCAAUGCAUUUGUUCAUUAUAUCGUUCACCCUCAAGUCAUUGUAGAAAUGAGGUGAACAGUUAACCUGCUUUUGAGGCUCUACUGCAUGUCAUCAAUUUUGACUAAAAGACAUGAACCUGCUGCUGCUGCUAAUGACAGUAAUAGAGCCCUCAACAUUCAUCUCUAUCAAGCUGUGAAGGUUCGUUUUUUUCCGUUGUGUUAAGAGUACUUGUAUGAAUCAGCAAUGGAUAUAUUAGCUGUUAAAGUCUAGUAAAAUUAUAUGAAAACAUGUUCUAUUAUAAUUAUAUUUGUAUUGACGUCUUUAGUGGUAMAGUGCAAAAUUCUUCAGAAAAAGCGGUUACAACAAAAGCAGGAAAACUUGUGGUUUGCUGCAGACAGUUUCCCUUUUGAACAACUCAUCUCAAGCCUUAAACAUCAGCAUAGGGUUGAGGUUGUAGGAUUUCCAAUAAUGCAGUUGCUGCAGAUCCAACUUCACAGGAYCGCAAUCAGUUUCAUGAGGAUAUGCAUUUAGAUCUUGAGUUAUAGUGUUGUUUUGAAUGAUGUACAGUGAGCAAAUUUUAGAGCAGAUGGUGUUAACUGUAGCAUAGCCUACAGAGACUGUGCAUAAAGUAGAGAAUAAACACAUGAGCAGAACAUGAUCCACACAUGCACAGAAUCUUUAGGACCUUUAGUCGAGGGAAUAAAGAUCUGGGAAAAGUCAGAUCCACAGCCACGGCCCUCCCAUAAACACAGAGUAAUUUGAUUUUAAACAUCUAACGCACAGCCACAUAUUACAAUCACAAUGUUCAUUGCAAUUGAGCAAAAAGGAGAUGUUUCACAUGCCUAUCAAGCAAAUGAUAGUAACAGAAAAUAUAUCAGAAAGAAUGUUCACCCACCAACCCAGUUGAAUAACCUCUUGUGCACAUCUAGGAGCAUGACCAGUUUGUCCAACUCCAACAACCUGAAAUCAACAUUAUCCAACAGACCCAGUCGAAAAGCACAAUGUAAAUUAAUGAAAUAUAGCGAUUACAUAUAUUUAAAGUAUGAGUGUAUUACAAAUUAUCUCAAUAAAAGUGUUUUUAUCUAUAAACAAUAAUGUAUGAAUCACUCAUCUUGAUCUACCUUUAGAGGGUGGAAUCUUUCACCCACUUCUCCAUUGAAUUUCUUAGUUUGUUCUGUAAGCACAUGGUGGUGGCAAGCUUGUCCUUAACCAAUUGGGGGAUAUCAAACCCUCACUCCCCAGGAUAWGAUUAUCAUCUCAGAUAAUUACAUGUAAGUAUAGCAAAGACUGUCCCUGUUCACUGUAAAAAUACAACUUUAUUUACUUGGCUUUGAUCGUAACUAGGACCACCACUGAAAUGAAAAUAACACAUGUCCAGUUCCAUCUCUGGUGCUAAGCCACAUUGCACUUUUCUUUGAGAGAACCCUGGACUUCUCCGUGACUUCUCCGUGUUAAUACACCCGUGAUAUAAAUAAUAAAUAGCACGCCUUGGGCUUCAUAUUAGCCUCAGCAUCAGUAUUACAGAGCAAGAGCAUGGCUCCCUUGUUGACAUAGACUUAUGUGGGGAAAUUCUACUGGAAAGGUUUUCUAUCCGUAGCUUCCGUUGGGUUCUGUAUGAACAGGUCAGAGCCAGUCAGAAAAUGCCAAUUCUAUUUCUGUAACAUUCCUGGCUGUUCCCUAAACUGUGCAACCAAUUUUUUUCUCCCCGUCUCUUGAGUGCAUGUUAAAAUGAAUGUCCAGUAACAUAUUUUCUAUAGUAUUUAGCCAUGCUACUUUCACUGGGUUUUGUGGAUUUCUUAUUUUUCUUUUAUAGUAUUCCUAUAAAAGGACAGACAAAACAAAUAUAUAUAUGAAUAGAAAAUGGCAUACAGAAUGAACAUUCACUUUUAUGGCAGUGUUUAGAGAAAUACUCAUUCUUAUACUUAUGUAUGUUUCAGUAAAAUGGCUUUCUCUCUGAGUGUAGAGACUUAUUGCAGGGAUGCAAGUACUAUAUUUGGUCUUAAAACUGUUGAAAUUCUAGAUAAUGUAGAAUGAUAAAACUCAAUAAAAUGGAAAUACACCAUGAA